UCCGUUGCGCAUGCGCCGCAGCGAGCGGGCGCGAAACAGGCGCCUGCCUACUGCGGAGGGGGGACUCUGCGGAGGGAGUGCGGGCGCGUGCGCACCAGGCGUGUAACUCAGGGAGGUUCCCGCGCGCGCACCGACUCCGGGGCGGCUGGCGCGUGCGCAGUGAGUGGAGCCGCGGGCUUCUCCGCGCCUGCGCCGUAGGAACCCUGGCACCAUGAAGGCGGAAGCGCCGGCAAAGCCGGUGUGGGAGUGUCGCCAUUUUCCAAAAUGGCGGCGGCGCUGCAGGGGCUGCUGGUCCCGCACCUGCUGCCCGAGCGCUGCUACGACGAGCUUUUCCUGCGCUUCAACCUGCUGCACGUUCCCUGCUUGAAGAUCGUGAUCAGCAAAGGGCUGGGACUCGCCAUCGUCGCGGGGUCGCUGAUGGUGAAGCUGCCCCAGGUGUUUAAAAUCCUGGGGGCGAGGAGCGCCGUGGGGCUCAGUCUCCAAGCCAUCCUGCUGGAGCUGCUGGCCAUCACCGGUACCAUGGUCUACAGCCUUGCUAACGGCUUCCCUUUCAGCGCUUGGGGCGAGGCGCUCUUCCUCAUGCUGCAAACCGUCGCCAUCGGCUUCCUGGCCCUGCACUUCGGGGGACGCACGGCACAGGGUGUCUCCUUCCUGGUGCUGUAUUUCGCUCUGCUCUGCCUGCUGCUCUCCCCCCUGGCCCCUCGGCCCGUGGUCACCCUCCUGCAAGCCACCAACAUGCCCGCCAUCGUCAUCAGCAGGCUACUCCAGGCGGCCACCAACUACCGCAACGGGCACACGGGGCAGCUGUCAGCCGUCACUGUCUUCCUGCUCCUCGGCGGCUCGCUGGCCCGGAUCUUCACCUCCAUCCAGGAGACGGGCGACCCCCUGAUGGCUCUGACGUAUGUCGUCUCCUCUGUCUGCAACGGCAUCAUUGCGGGCCAGCUCCUCUAUUACUGGCACGUGCCGGCCAGCGCGGGGGCCGGGAAGAAGCGGGAAUAGAGGGGACCCCCCCGCGGAGUCUGACCGGGGCCCCCUGUAGGGGGAGUGGGGGCUGCCCCCUGCCCCGCGCUGCCAUCUGAGCCAUAUCAAGGGUGGGCAGGGCCCCCGUCUGGCUCUACCGGUGCCCCCUAGAGGGGAACCCACUCAGCCUGGUCUGCCCCCCCCCCCCUGCAGCUGGGCUCCGGCAGGGAGGCGGGAGCAGGUCUGUAAACUGCCCUCCCCUCUCCCCCCCCCCCCCCAGUGAGGUAAUUAAACGCUGAUUGGCCAGGGGCUCCCGGCUGUGCCCAUCCUGCUCAGGGGGGCGGGGCAGAAUCUCUGGGACUCCCUGCUGCAGGGUGCGGAAGGUCGAAUUCGGUUGGGGGGAGCAGGCAUGGAAACCCCCAGCCCCUCCUCCCCUGCCCCCUGGCAGCUAACGAGCUCGGUGCUAAUCAUGCCAAUUAGUCACUGCCCUUCUGCCUCCCUGCCCCUCCUGGCGCUGGUAUCCUGAACUGGGGGCAGGGCAAAGCUGAACCGGGCACAGAGGUGGGUGGGGGAUGGUGGGUCAGAGCAGGGGGCUGGGAGCCAGGACACCUGGGUUCUCUCCCCGGCUCCGGGACGGGAGUGGGGCUGGUGGGUUAGAGCAGGGAGGGCUGGGAGCCAGGACUCCUGGGUUCUCUCCCAGAGGCUGGGCUCAUCCCAUGGGCCCCCCCCCAGCAGGUUUCCCUAUGUGAUUCACCCCUUCAUGUCAGAACAGGCGGGGACCAGGCCCUUCCCUGGUUACCAUGGCAACUGGGUGGGGUGACAAGGAAGGCACUGGUGUUGUAGCUAGGACAGAAGACCGUUACCUGGGCAACGGCCCCAUCCCGUCCCACCCCCCUCCCCUUCCCUGGCACAUGCGGGGUUAACUCUUUAGGGCCUCUCUGAGUUGCUGUGGGUGGGGGGCAUCGGCAGAGCUGGGGGGAGCCAGGGAGCUGGGAGGGGGAGGGGCUGUGGGUCCGGAGUGAGGGGCAUUUUCCUUUCCUCCAUUGUCUUUCUCGCUCACGGGGGUCAAACCCCACAGCAUUUUUUUUGGCAGGGCGCGGUUUGAUCUGUUUCCUGCCCCCCCGAACAUCUCAUCUCUCCUUUACCCCCUC